CAGCAGCAACAACUGCAACAGCAGCAGCAACAGCAGCAGCAACAGCAGCAAGCGCAGCAGCAGCAGCAAGAACAACAGCUACAGCAGCACCAGCAGCAAGAAGAGCAGCAGCAACACCCCCUGUUGCUUGCACAAGAACGUUUCCUUGAGACUCUUUCCGAGCGAUUCGUUUUUCGACAACAGCAACAGCAAUAGCGACAACAGCAACACCAGCAGCAGCAGCAACGGCAGGUGAUGAUGCAGCAGCAGCAACAGCGGCAGGAGAAGCAGCAGAAGCAGAGGCAGCAGUCUCAGCAGCAGUCUGGCGAGCUGGCUGUACAGCUGUGCAUAUCUUCCUCUGGAGAACUCGCUACUGUCUCGUGUUGCAGCCGCGAGGCUUUGCUGCGAGGUUCUUGCGGAAGCCUUUUCGCCAUUGUGCAUGCAAGCAGCACGCUGGAACUGCUGUCUCGCAUACUGCUGAUGGAAGGGCCUAGUGCAGCUGCUGCAUUCUGCAUGCAAAAUGGUCUAGACAGCAGCAGAGUCAGCUUGAUGCUGCUGCAGCUGUCGCUCCGCUGCAGAGACUUGCGGCGUAUUGCGCAUGCCUUGCAGCUUUUGCAGCAGCAGCAGCAAAUGGUGGCGAUGCGGCUGUUGAUGGCGUAUGUAUUCAACGGCUACAGCACAGACGCUUUGCCCUUAGCCUUUUCUGCAACAGGAGGGGUUUCUUCCCACAGCCACUCGCGCGCUGCUGCUGCAGAUGACACACCUUUGCUCUACGCUUCCCCCGCAAUUGCACAGCAUGCAGCGUUGCUGCUGCAGACGCUGGAUCAAAACUUCCCGCAGCAGACGCUGCAACAACAGGCUGAAAGCGAGCUGCACCCUUUGAGGGAUAGGAGCAGCCAGCAGCAGCAGUAGCAUAGCACUAGCACUAGCAGCAGUAGUAGCACUAGCACUAGCAGCAGCAGCAGCAGCAGCAGCAGCAAACUUUUGCUGCAGCUGCCUCCCUCUUUGGUGUCUUUGGUGGCCCCUUGGCAGCCAGCAGCAGCAGCAGCAGCAGAAGAAGAAGAUGAAGCAAGACGCGCAGUGUCUCUACAGCGCGAAGCAGCAUCCUGCGUGGAUAUAGGGUUUACUUCGCGUCUGCUGCUGUGGCUCCUGCGAUUCGCUGCUUCGCUCAUAGACAUUCGCGUGCUGGUCAAGGUCGAUCUCGCUGCAGCAACUGCAUGCACACAGCAAGAGCAGCAGCAGAAGCUGACAGAUGAGUUGUCAGAGCUUGCACUGUACAUGCAGCUCCUGCGAUGUCUGCAGCAGCGCGUGACAGCUCCUGCAGAUGCACAGCAGGAUUCUUUGCGAGGAUAUUCGCUGCAGCAGCAUCAGCAUGAGCAGCAGCAGCAGCAGAAGCUGCUUUGGAAUCAAACCAAUCCCGUUCAUCAUCAGCAGCAGCAGCAGCAUCGAGUGCAGCAAGCCUUUGCAGUGACUGAAGGCGAUACUGUGUUGCCGUGGGGGUCUGAAGCCUCCAUAGAGACGGUUGUUCGUGAAACACUUCUCAGUGGAAAUAUCAGUAGGGGGCUUAUGUGGCUACAGCAGCAAGCUGCCCCUCUGCUCUGGGAGCAAAAGAUGUCAUCCAUGAAUUUGCUGCAGCAGACAGCCGAUAGAAUGGCAUAUAGGCUAUUCUGCUGUCAGCAGGCAGAACUGUUUUUCGUGGGUCUGCAGAUGCUGCGACAGAUUGGGGCAGAUGUUCCCGGAUUUUGUCUUCGUGCUGCCUUGCUGACAACGAGGACGCCAGUGAGGCGGAGACUUUUGCGGCAUUUGCAUCAUCAAAAGCAGCUGAAUUCGAUGCACAUGCAUCUAAUUCGCAUAAUGCAAAUCUUAGAGCUUCUCUUCACAAAUCCGUCUUACGAAGCUGAGUUUGCUAGACGCUUCGCCGCGUCUUGCACUGCUGCAGCAACUGCAGUUUCAGCUGCUGCUAGAAGGGCAGUCAGAGACGCAACGGCAGAGGGAGGGUUGGGGAAGCAAGCAAAAAGGCAAUGGCUCACAACUAACCAACGAGAAAUGCAGAGAGGGGGGCAUGCGAAUAUGGAGGUUGUAGAAAGAGAAGGCCAAACAGAAAAACACACCGAGAAGAGACAACGGGGGAAUAUGACGCAUUAUUUCAUCGCUAUAGACUUUUCGCUGUGCUGCUGCGUGCUGCUUGAUGGUUUUUCUGCAGAUGGCUGUGAGGCAGGAGUAGCCUUGGGAACGUCUCCUUUUGUUCCUGAGCGCUACCCCAAGGACGCUAUUCGGGCAUGGUCGCACAUGAGAUCUGGAGAGGUAGCUGAUCUCGCGGAGUGCUGCUUUUCGAGGUUUAAUAGUCCUAUGGGAGCUUUUGCUGCUGCUCAAGAGAAAACUUGGAGAGGCAGCAUGCGCAGUGGCAAUAAGGGACGAUCGCAGCUGCCUCAGAGCACCCUGCGUGAAAGUCAGGGGGAGGUAGCUGCUGCUGCGCUGUAUGGACAGCGAGGGUACAGUGCUGUCACUGAGGCGGAGACGGAUGUGUUGCAGCUGCAUCAAGCAGCAACAGCUGCAGCAGCGGAGGUGCAGCAGCAGCAGCAACGGCAGCAGCAGCAGCGCAGCUCUGCCACGCUGAAAGUGAAUCUUAGGGGCACGUGCGCUGAGUGCCGUCGGUUGCUGGCGACGGAGGCAGACUUGCUGUCGCUUUUCACGAGAAGCUCUGCGUCGUUUUCAGCGCCCGCGCAUGCAGCAACUGCUGUGGGGGGAUACCUCAGCCUGUCGCUUCAUGAGCUGUCUCUCUUUAGAACGAGCUGCGUGCUAGAGAUCUUCGUGGAAAAGCGGCAUGUGGAUCUCCUGCAUCAUCUGCGCAUUCCCAGCAGUCGCUCCAAGAGCGGCGUUCGAGAGCAGCAGCCUAGACCUCUGCGCAUGCAGGGGGGGAUGCACUCGCCAUGGGAAGUCGUUGCGACUUGUUUCGGAAUUUCGAAAGGCUGCAGGAGUGUGCGAGUGUGGAAGUGUCUCUUUGGAUUCUGUUUAGGUCGCUGCGACUGGAGAGGCCUCCUCAAGUGCAUCAGCGAGCUGCCGAUACACCCCGCCGCAGUCAGUGACAUGUGGGGACGGCUUAAGAUUUCGGAUGCGCCGAAGCUUCCUCGCGGUGAGAGCGGCCAUAAGGGAGGCAGGAAGAAGUCUGUGCGUCUCCUGCAGCGAGUUCUCUCCUUCCUCCAGCAGCGAAGGGCGGGGGGAGAGUCUGUCUUUCUCGAUGAAAUGCUGCUGCAGCAGCUCGCGCGACGAGGGCUUUUUCUGGAGGCAGGAGAGCUACCGGGAGCGCUUGCAGCAACGCGAACAGCGGCAGCGAAGCAGCCAUUAGAUCCGCUGGAUGCAGGAGAGGAAGAGGAUGCGGCUCUUGCACGACUUCUGCAGCGACAUGCGAAGGCAGGCAGCCUCUUCAGGAAGCAGUCUCAGCACUCCCAUAGAUGUCGAGGAGUCGAUGAAAUGCUGCCUCCUGGUCGACUGUCUCCCCUGCAUCUCUUUGCGUUGCGUCUCUGUCUCUCCAACUCCCUCCCUUCCGUUUUCAUCUCGUAUUUGGAGCACUUUCGCUUGGCGAGGAAUUUCGCCGCGCAACAAGAAUUGAAGGCUGUGCUCCGCAGCAGCAGCAGCAACGAGACAAGUGCGCAGCAGUGGAAGUCAGUGCUCUUGCUCGGCAGGCUAGGCAAUUAUGCCCUUGCUGCGGCUGGAAUGCAACAAGCGUCAAUGCAGCUCUCUUUGCCAGGUGAUACUUCUGUCUGGAAAGAUGCAGAGGGGACGUGUUUCGUGCCGCUAUCCGUCGUGGCGUGUCUCUCACCUGCGUUGUUUGUUGCGCUUCUCGCAUUUAUUCCGCAGUCUUUCGCAGCGUUGGAGUCUACACAACCAGGAGCAGCAUGUUUGGCUGCUCCUGCUGGCGACUGCUCGAAGGACAGACUUCCCUUUUUCCUCUCCUCCGACCAUCUGCAGUGA